AAACAGUAGAGAAAAAUGGUUCUGUUCGCAAAGUUCAAACUAUUCUUGGUGAUUUUGAUCAGCCUCAUAAAAUAUCGUUUGAAGAGCUUGUGGCACAAGUAUUUCUUCCUGUACAAACGACCCAAAGUGCAGCUUCGUCCUGGGAAACUACAAGGAUUAACAGAAAAACUACCAAAUGGAAAGCCAUACCACUUUUUCAAAGGCAUUCCAUAUGCAAGGCCACCAAUCGGGCCACUCCGUUUCCAACCUCCUGAGCCAAUACAACGUUAUGAAAGUGCGACAAUUGAUUGCUCGGUGCAUCGGAAUGAAUCAAUACAGCUCAAUUUCCUAACUAACAUUGUGGCGGGAUCCGAAGAUGGUCUAUUCCUGAACGUGUACACUCCAGAGCUUCCAGGUCACGCAAAUCCAGUGCCGAAUUUACCAGUGAUGAUUUUCAUCCACGGUGGGGGGUUUCAGGACGGUUCCGGUGAUAGUUUUCUCUACGAUCCGGUGGAUUUGAUUGCAGCUGGAGUUAUUGUAGUGACAAUGAAUUAUCGUUUGGGUCCUUUCGGUUUUUUGUGCUUGCCUAGUGUGGGGAUUUAUGGAAACAUGGGAUUGAAGGAUCAGCGUUUGGCGUUUCAGUGGGUGCAGGAAAACAUUGUCCAUUUCGGUGGAAACUCGAAUAAUGUGACUUUGUUUGGCUCCAGUGCUGGAGCGCUAUCUGGCCAAAUUCAUUAUUUGUCGAAUAAUUCAAGAUAUUUGUUCCACCGAGUAAUCUGUCAGAGUUGUACAGCCUUCACGAUGCCCUAUUUGCAAGAGAAUCCUGUUGCCAAAUCGAGAAAGUUGGCAUGUGUUGUGAAAGGAAGCAGCAUAAUAUCAGAUCAUGAAGCAUUAGACAUCUUGAUGCAGGCAUCCGCGCCAAAGCUGGCCAAGUUGCAAACCGAAACCCGUAUUGAUGAGGACAACCCCGAUAGCCCUUACAAAUUUUACUUCCGGCCAUGCGUAGAACCCGUUGCUACUGAAGGCGGCGUUCUAGUGGAAACACCAGAGAAAAUUCUCAAACGGGCCGACACCUUCAACAUGCCGAUGAUAACAGGUUGUAACGAAUGUGAGGGUGGCCUAUCUUUAUGUUUACUGUUGAAUAAGCUGAAAACUGUCAACGCAAAACUGGAUAGCGCAUUGAUCACCAGCUUAUUGCGAGAUGCAAACAUACCAGAUCGAAACGAAUUUAAAGCCGAUAUCAAACAACUUUACUUUGGAAAUAGAAAAAUUGACCGCAAAAGUUUGAGAGAUCUCUGCAAAGUAUUCACGGAUAUUGAUUUUGUCGUCCAUCAAAUGGUAGCUACAGAGUGGAUAUCGAAGUACCAACCCAGGGUAAAGCACUACAAUUAUCGGUUCACGUUUGAUGGACGGUACGGUGUGAUGGAACGAGUCCUAGGAGUAACGAAUAUCGGAGGAACUUGGCAUGGAGAUGACGCAUUUUAUAUUUUCAGACCACAAUUUCUGCCAAAAUUGUCAGCUGAAUCAGAGGAAGAAAAGGUCAGAAGAACAUUCAUUCAGCUUUGGACGAGUUUUGCCAAAUACGGAGAACCUGCAUUGGAUGCUGCGAAGCCAGCUGAAUGGUUGCCAGUUCAGUCAUAUCCGGGCCAUCAAGAUUAUUUCCAGUUGGAUUAUCUUAACAUUGGCGUACAAACAAGAAUGCUGCAAAACCAUUGUCAGCAAAGAUUAGCGUUUUGGAGACAAGCUAUAAUAAAGUAUAAGAAGGACUUCCUAUCAGGUCCCACUGUUCUGCUGAAGCCGGUGAAAAAUAAUCGACGCUAUCGCAAGCAUUCGAUUAUCUCCCAGUUUCCAAGUUUUAUCAUGAUUGAGUUUUUGCGCUCUGUUCUACGGCUAGUGUUUGGACUGACAAAGUUCAUCAUAUCAAGCAAAUUACUCAAAACAUUUCCUCCACCGGUUCGACCGAUCGUAAAAGUUAGCCAGGGCAAAGUUCGCGGAAUAACCUCAACGCUACCCAAUGGAUCACAAUAUCACUACUUCAAAGGUGUUCCAUAUGCAAAGGCUCCGGUUGGGGAGCUUCGCUUCCGUCCGCCUGUUCCAAUUGAGAAGUUUUAUAAACCGAUGGUGGAAUGUUCGGUAGAUCGCAGCGCAUGCAUACAACCGAUGGGAAGGUUCGUUCUGGGUAAGGAAGCUGGACUAUUUCUAAAUGUCUACACACCUGGUUUGCCAGACGAUGGGAAUAGCACUACCAGUUUUCCCGUGAUGAUUUGGAUUCAUGGAGGAGGAUUUAUUGGCGGCGGUGGGGGUAGUUUUGUAUACAAUCCGAUUCAAUUAGUUCAGGAAAAGGUGGUUGUGGUUACGAUGAACUAUCGGCUUGGACCGUUGGGUUUCUUGAGCUUACCCGGUGCAGGAAUUGCUGGCAACGCUGGAUUGAAGGAUCAGCUGCUUGUAUUCAAGUGGGUAAAACAAAAUAUUGCAGUCUUUGGAGGAGAUCCAAACAACGUAACUGUAUUUGGAGAAAGUGCGGGUAGUAUGUCCGCAUAUUUGCACUAUCUGUCUCCUAACUCAAGAAAAUACUUCCACAAAGUCAUUUGCCAAAGUGGCGUUGCGUGUUCCGAAUCGUUCUUCCAAGUAUCUGCAGCUGAAAAGGCUCGAAAACUCGCACAACGAUUUGGAUAUGAAGGAAGCGAUGAUACCAAAGUCCUUGACACGCUUCUCAAAGCUCCAGCCAAAUUACUAGUCAAGUAUCAAAACGACGUGGGCAGUGAAAGCGAAAAACACCUCGCACUGCAGAUGUAUUUCAGACCGGUCAUAGAGGAGGUCCUCUCGGAAGACAGCAUCAUCACGGAAACACCAGAGAAAAUUUUGAAAUCAUUUGACACACUCCGGAUGCCUUUGAUCAACGGGUGUACAGAUGGUGAAGGAAUUCUCGGAUUAUGGCUGAUACGGAAGCGAUUAGAGGAUUUCGCCCAAAAUCCAGAGCGUCUCGUGCCUCAACUUCUGGGAAAUCCACCCGGUCUUGAUAGGCGUGCAGUUGGCCAAGAGAUCCAACAGUUUUAUUUUGGGAAAAAGCAAAUCGGAAAAGAAUCGCUAAAUGAGCUUUGCAGCGUUUUAUCGGAUAACGUUUUCAUCACGAAUACAAACGUCAGCGCCGAGUGGAUAGCGAAGUAUCAACCCAAUGUGAAGCAAUAUCAUUACCGAUUUUGCUACGAUGGAAGAUUAAGUUUCUCGAAAAAAAUAUUCAGAUCCGGACAAGUGAAGGGGGCGUGCCAUGGGGACGAUAUAUUUUACUUGUUUGAGUCGCCGAUGCUGGAACAACUUGAAAAAGGAAGUGCCGAAUAUCGUGUAAGAAGUACCAUGGUGCGAAUGUGGACCAACUUCGCAAAAUAUAAUGAUCCAACACCUGACGGAGGUGAUCAUCCGCUAGCGUUCAAGUGGACUACAGUGCAAAACUUCGAAAAAGACGCGGAACAUUUCGAACUUGACUCGCUAAACAUUGGCGUUCAGUGUGAAAUGGAGAAGAACCCAUGCGAAAAACGUAUGGCAUUAUGGAGAGAUUAUUUUAGAAAAUAUAGGGAAGGGUAUCUUUACGACUUAUAGACUGAGUAGUUUAUAACAAUGUUUUGACUCACGUUUAUAAACAUGUAUUGUUGAUUUUGAAAUAACAGACAGGAUAUUAUAAU